CUUUUUCCAAUCGGUCUCAGACUCUCAGCAAAUCCACGUGCUCAACCGGAGCGCUCUGCUUCUCUACGGUUGUGCUGCUGCGGUCCUACGCUUCGCCAAAGUCGUCGUUUUCUUCUUCUUCUUUUCAAAGCCUUCGGCUUUUUUUCUUUUUCUUUUUUCUCUGCCAGUUUUUACUAUUUCUAGUACUUUUUUCCAACCUCGCUAUUCUCAAAAUCAUUUUUUUUUCUAUUUGGGUUUUAUUGCUUUUUCAAUUUUUUUUUUUUUUUCUUCUUGCUUCUUCUUUACCAUUCGAUCAGUUUUCAGAUACUUUGAUACGGGUUCUGAAUCAAAGACUUUUUUUUUUUUUUUUUCUUUUCACGGUUAAUCCUCUGUUUGGUUUCCUGGAUAGUGGAGGGAAAAUUGCAUGUCUGAAUUGAAUUGAUUUGGGAUUUUCUGGGGUUUGGGAAACGAACGAUCUUUAACCAUGUGGAAUUAGUUUUGAGGAGGUUCUAUGUUUGUUGAUGCUUUCAUGCAGUUUCUUAGCUACAUUGACUUGAAGAGUCUGACAGCCUAGCUAUCUUUGAGAAUCCAUGUCAGUGCCAGAUGCCAAUUUUGGAGUCGUUCAAGUUCUUAGACUGUGUUUCUGUACAUGGAUAUCUAUAUGAAACAUUUGAGAUAUUCACAUUCGAAGGUCGAAGACAAUAGUAAACAAGCGUCUAUUUAAAUGCAUUCUAGCCCUAAGGAUACUUCUUGAAGAAGCAAGAAUUUUAGUAAAGAUUACAGAGUAGAAAAGCUGAAAAAAAGAAGAAACCUGAAGCUGCACUCCAGCUUGCAGACUUGUGAUGGAUGUCCAACUUGUGUAAAUCUGUGCUUGAAGUAUAAUGGAAAGCACAUCUAAUCAAUCAUUUGAUUCAGAUGAUAGUGACAGAUGUUUGCAGCUUGAAAGCUAUGAUGAGCAUGUGCUGGUUGAUGAUGAUGUUUCAAAAAGCAUAAAUUUAUGUACAGAAGGAGAUAAUAAGAUCAAAGAGCAGUCCAAUGAUAGUCUACUGAUAGAAGGCGAUACCAUAGAACCAUAUAUUGGCAUGGAGUUCAAAUCAAGAGAUGAUGCUCGAGAAUUCUAUGUUGUUUAUGGCAGGCGUACUGGGUUUAAUGUACGCAUCCACCAUAACCGACGUUCACGAAUAAAUAACAUUGUUAUCGGUCAAGAUUUCGUUUGCUCAAAAGAAGGUUAUCGGGAGAAGAAAUACGUGUACAGGAAAGAUAGAGUUCUUCCUCCACCACCUAUCACUCGAGAAGGCUGUCCUGCAAUGCUGAGAGUAGCUUUAAGAGAUGGAGAAAAAUGGGUUGCUACCAAAUUUAUAAAAGAGCACAAUCACACAUUAAUGUCUCCCAGUAAAGUUCCAUGGCGAGGAUGUGGGAAAAACUUGAUCAGUGAGGAUGAGAAGGAUAGGAGAAUCCGGGAGCUGACUCUUGAACUGAGCAAUGAGAGACAAAGAUGUAGGCGGCGGUGUGCAGCAUACCAAGAACGACUGCAUGCGGUUUUGAAAGAUAUUGAGCAGCACACAGAUCAUUUGUCAAGAAGAGUUCAAGAUAUAGUUCAACACAUAAAAGAAAUGGAGAACGACCAAAUUGAGGAUUCAGAUUAUUGAUAUUAUUUGUACAAUUUUUCCUCUACCCUUGAUGCUUGUAAGUUGUAACAGAUGUUUGAUCUCCAUGUUCAUGAGCUUGUACAUACUCAAAAUGAGAUAAAUUUUACACCUUUCCAUGAGUUUUCUUUCA